UCUCGACUAUUGGCAGUAAAACAUGAUGCCAUAGUAAUGCCUCUUAAUCUUCCUCCUGUUUCUGCUUCCUUCUGUUCAGCUAAUUUUUUUACAUUCACUGCUCUUCUACGUGUUUAAACUGCUGUAAGACGCUCACUUCUGUUCUCUAGCUCAAGCUGUUCACUUUAGUUCAGUCUCAGAGUUCAGCUUUAACAGCUGGAAUGUGGAGAUGAUCAGCAGCUGGAUGGGUUUGAUGGUGAAAAGUGUGGAACUGUUUUCAUUCACUGACUAAGAAUUACUCUGAAAUUAUCUCUGUGCUCUCAGAUCACCUUCAUGCUGCUUCUCUGUGUCUCCUCAGUCAGUCAUGGCUUCCUCCAGCAGUCUCCUGUCUGAAGAUCAGCUCCAGUGCUCUAUCUGUCUGGAUGUGUUCACUGAUCCAGUCUCUACUGCAUGUGGACACAACUUCUGCAUGGUCUGUCUCAGAAAGUGCUGGAACAGCAGCUCACACUGCCAGUGUCCAGUCUGUAAAGAAGAAUUCUCCAAAAGGCCUGAGCUCCGUGUGAACACCUUCAUCUCUGGACUGGCUCCUGAGUUUAAGAAGUCAGUUCAGGAGAAGUCCAGCAGAGCUCCAGAGAAAUGUACCUCCAAAUCUAAGAAGGUGCUGUGUGUCUAUUGUAGUGAGGAGAAGCUGGAGGCUGUAAAGUCCUGUCUGGACUGUGGCGUCUCUUUCUGUGACUCUCAUCUGAUGCCUCAUAAAACUACACCCAAAUAUAAGAAACACAAGCUGAUGGAUCCUGUGGAGAACCUGGAGGACUACAUCUGCCAGAAACAUGAGAGACCCCUGGAGCUGUUCUGUAGAGACGACCAGACGUGUGUGUGUCAGUUCUGCACUGAGGGAGACCACCGGACUCACAGCACUGUUCCUAUAGAGGAGGAGAGUGGAGAGAAGAAGAUUCAGCUGGAGAAGACACAGACAGAAGUUCAGCAGAUGAUCCAGGAGAGACUGAAGAAGAUCAAGCAGAUCAAACACUCUGUAGAACUCAAUAAAAAAAUCAGAGAGAAGGAGGAAGCAGACAGUGUGGAGAUCUUCAGGGCUCUGGUGCGCUGCAUUGAGAGAAGCCAGGCUGAGCUGCUGGAGGUGAUGGAGGAGAAGCAGAAAGCAGCAGAGAGGCAGGCUGAAGAGCUGAUUAAAGAGCUGGAGCAGGAAAUCACUGAGCUAAAGAGGAGAGACACUGAGCUGGAGCAGAUCUCCCACACUGAGGACCACCUCCACCUCCUACAGAUUUACCCGUCCCUCUGCAGACCCCCACACACCAAGAACUGGACUGACGUCAGUGUUAACACUCCUCUGAGUGUGGAGAGUCUGAGGAGAGCUCUGUCUCAGCUUCAGAAACAUCUCACACAGGAGAUGGAGAAGAUUGGUAAGAGUGAACUGAAGAGAAUUCAGCAGUAUGCAGUGGACGUGACUCUGAAUCCUGAUACAGCAAAUCCUGAUCUCAUCCUGUCUGAUGAUGGAAAACAGGUUAAACAUGGAGACAAGCGACAUAAACUCGCUGAUAACCCAGAGAGAUUUGAUCCUUGUGUCUGUGUUCUGGGAAAGGAGGGUUUCUCCUCAGGGAGAUUUUACUAUGAGGUUCAGGUCAGUGAGAAGACUGAUUGGUAUUUAGGAGUGACCAGAGAGUCCAGCAACAGGAAGGGAAGGAUUACACUGAGUCCUGAGGAUGGAUACUGGACUGUGCGGUUGAGGAAUAAAACUGAAUAUAAAGCUCUGGAAUCUCCUUCUGUCCUCCUCUGGUUGAAACAGGCUCCCCAGAAGGUGGGGGUGUUUGUGGAUUAUGAGGAGGGUCUGGUCUCCUUCUAUGAUGUUGAGGUCAGAUCUCAUAUCUACUCUUUCACUGCUCAGUCUUUCACUAAGAAACUCUAUCCAUUCUUCAACCCCAGGCUUAAUGAUGAAGGUAAAAAUUCAGCUCCACUGAUCAUCACUCCUGUUCAACAUAAAUGAGAAUUAUUUUCUUUAAUUUAACUGUGGCUCAUCGGUGCAUAACUAAAUCUUCUUCACAUCAAACAAACAAACAAACAAACAAACAAAUACAUAAAUGGUUCUUGAUCAGAACAGGCCAGCUGCUCACCACUUUAAACCAAAUACAAAACAUACAUAAAUCAAUCAAUCACUGAUUAAAGAAAGUACCAAAUAAAUAAAUAUAUAAAGGAUUAUUUAGGCACAGGAAUGUUCACUUCGUUAAUCAAUGAUCUUAAAGAGAACAUUAUAACCUGUCUGUAUUAGUUCAGAAUAAAGUCCCAUUAGUCCCGAAGUCCCAGAAUUAAGCCCAUAUCACUGGUAAGUCUCCCUUUAAAGCUUUUUGAUUU